AGAUUUUGUCGCUACAUGUUGUAAGUUUAGGGAUUUAUAUCUGAGCUCGAUGUUUACUGAUUUCUCCAUUAGAUAGUACAGCUGGUGGAUUGGCUCUGUAAUAGACACGCAUGUGGCUGAUCAAAGGCAUGCCCAUCAGGCUGCUUCGAAGGGGGACAAACUUUAAACCCACAUCACUCAAAUGCUGAUGAUCAGUCCUAGAAUGGCGUCUGGAAUGCAGGAAAAACAGUACAGUCCAUCACUGCUUCAUUUCUUCAUCUAUAACCCCAAAUUUGGACCACGUGAAGGAGAGGAGGAGAAAAAGAUCUUAUUUUACCAUCCCUGUGAUGUGGAGAAGAAUGAAAAGAUUCGUAAUGUUGGACUCUGUGAGGCCAUCGUUCAGUUCACCAGGACUUUCUGUCCCACAAAGCCGGCGAAAUCUCUACACACUCAGAAAAACAGGCAGUUCUUCCACGAGCCGGAGGAGAAUUUCUGGAUUGUUAUGGUUGUGCGGAAUCCAAUGAUUGAAAAACCCAAUAAGGAUGGAAAACCACCAACUAUAGAGUAUCAAGAAGAGGAAAUUCUGGACUCUGUUUACGGUGCCGUGUUACAGCAGUGCUACAGCAUGUAUAAACUCUUCAAUGGCACUUUCAGCAGGGUGUUUGAAGCUGGUGGAGUGGAGUUACUAAUCCAAAAGCUUGAGAAGUUCUUCUACAGGUACCUGCAGACGCUGCACCUCCAGUCCUGUGACCUGCUGGAUGUGUUUGGAGGAAUCAGCUUCUUCCCUCUGGAUAAGAUGACUUAUCUGAAGAUCCAGUCAUUUGUCAACAGAGUGGAGGAGAGCUUAAGCUUAAUCAAAUACACAGCCUUUCUCUACAAUGACCAGCUUAUAUGGAGUGGUCUGGAGCAAGAGGACAUGUGCGUUCUUUAUAAAUACCUGACAACUUCACUGUUUCCAAGGCACACUGAACCUGAGCUGGCAGGCAGGGACUCUCCUCUAAAGCCGGAGUUGGCAGGAAAUCUAUUGCACUAUGGGAGAUUUUUAACUGGACCGGCCAGCUUAAAAGAUCCAGAUGCAAAAUUCAGGUUCCCCAGGAUAUUUGUGAACACGACGGACAGUUACGAAGAGCUUCACUUGAUAGUUUACAAGGCAAUGAGUGCAGCUGUGUGCUUCAUGAUUGAUGCAUCUGUGGAGUUGACCCGGGAAAUCUGUGAGCAGCUGGACGGACUGGUUGGCCCUCAGCUCACAAUGUUAGCCUCAGAUAUUUGUGAACAGUACAACAUCAACCGCAGGAUAUCAGGGCCAGAAAAGGAGCCCCAGUUUAAGUUCAUCUACUUCAAUCACAUGAAUCUGGCUGAGAAAAGCACUAUCCAUAUGCGCAAGACGGCAAGCGUGUCCCUUACCUCCGUCAACCCGGACCUAAUGAAGAUCCUUGGAGACAUCAACAGUGACUUUGCACGAUGUGAUGAAGACCAGGAGAUCAUUGUCAAAGCAAUGACUGACUACUGGGUAGUGGGCAAGAAAUCUGAUCAAAGAGAGCUGUAUGUCAUUUUAAACCAGAAGAAUGCCAACUUGAUUGAAGUGAAUGAGGAGGUGAAAAGGCUCUGUGCAACACAGUUCAAUAACAUUUUCUUCUUGGACUGAGGACAAUGAGAGACACAGUGGCAUAUGUCCACACUAAAACUGUCAGCUGUUCAUGUUUUAAUGACAGCAUCAGUGUAAUGCAAUAAUUGCAUUGUAAGAAUCAAUUUUCAUAUUAUGCAAUUUUUUUAAAAACAGAUUUUUAUUUAACAUAUACAAAGAUAAAUAUUGGCUCGUUCUGUAAUUAAUUACAAUAUCAAACAUUUUCUGAUGUACAGUAUAUGUAGAAUUAAUACUGACGUCAGCUAUUCUUUCUUUCCAUUUCAAUCCACUUUGUUGCUUUCUUUUAAGUUACAAAAUUAAACUGUGCUUAAUUAAAUUCAUGUCUUAUUUUUAAAUGCUUUAAUUUUGUUCUUUUUUCUUUAAUAGCUGCUGUAUGUAGUGUUUGUUUCUUUUGUCUUUGCUUCUUUCUGGAAAGAGUAAAACAGAAAAUACUACAAAGUUGGCAAAAGGUAACAGAUGACAAAAUGUCAAGAUAACUUGUAUGUUUGUUAAUUUCUGUAUUAAAAAUGUCUUAGGAAUUACAUAAACUAUUAUGUAUGUGCUGUA